AGCGAAUACUGACUCUCUCUCUCUCUCUCUCUCUCUCUUCAAAUGGCGUCGCCAUGGAAACAUGAGGUUUUCAAGAGGUUCGUGUAACAUGACCACAAUAUAUGACUGCAAACGCCGGAUUGUCUUUUCCCUCUCUCACUCUCACUCUCUCUCACUCCUACCCUAAACCCCCCCCCACCCCACGAGAAUAUGUCGUCUGGACGUGCCUUUAAACUAAACAACAAUACGAUUAUUCCUGCCGUGGGCCUUGGAACGUGGCAAUCCAAACCCAACGAAGUCUAUGAUGCCGUACGGACGGCAUUGAAAGCAGGAUAUCGCCAUAUCGACACAGCCUACGUUUACCGAAAUGAAAAGGAGGUCGGACAGGCUAUCAAAGACAGUGGCAUUCCACGAGAGGAGCUCUUCAUCACCACCAAGCUCUGGAACACAAGCCAUCGUCCCGAUACGGUGCAGGCCGCUCUUGAACGAUCGCUUGCUAAUCUUCAACUCGAGUACUUGGAUCUCUACUUGAUGCACUGGCCCAUCGCUUUCCAGCCAUCUCCUAGCAACUUCCCGCGCGAUGCUGACAAGAAUAUUUUGCUCGACUCGACUGAUUUUACCGAGACGUAUGCUGCCAUGGAAAAGCUUGUUGGUUCUCGCGUGCGUGCAAUUGGUGUCAGUAACUUUAGUAUUGCUAACCUCGAGAAAUUGGUUCAAACUGCAAAGAUUAUGCCUGCUGUUCUUCAGGUUGAGUUGCAUCCCUAUUUUCCCCAAUGGGGUCUCCUUGCCUUCUGCGAGAAGCAUAACAUUCAUGUCACUGCUUACUCGCCGCUCGGAAGCACCUCCUCGCCUGUGAUGGAAGAGCAGAUUGUUACCGAUAUUGCUAAAAAGCACAAUGUCUCCCCUGCCCAAGUAUUGCUCGCCUGGGGUGUCCAGCGCAAUUGCUCUGUCAUUCCGAAAUCAGUCACGCCUUCUCGUAUUGUUUCAAACUUCCAGGAUGCGAUCCUUACCAAAGACGAUGUUGACCGCUUGAACACUUUGGCAAAGUCUGAACGCGCCAAACGCUUGUUGGAUCCCUCACCUAUUUGGGGUGUAGAUAUUUUCUCUUCCAAGCUAUAGAUGCGCAAAGGACUGUUAGAGAGUACCGGAAUCAAAUGGAUGGACCGAGCAUAUCUUUCUUAGCUAUGUAUUCGCUUAAUGUGUAGUGUAAUAAAU